UGUCCGUCUUUUAGUCAGAUGCCGGGUACUUCCGGUUUCUUGACAAAGCUUUAUUUGUGAUCUAGAUCUAAACAACAAAUAUGGGUAAAAAACACAAGAAACAUAAAUCAGAAAAGAAAUCUCUCGACGCAGAAGAGGGUUACACUCAGGAGGUUGUAGAGAAGCCUUUGAAGCUUGUGUUGAAAGUUGGAGGUUCGCAGCCCACAGAGACAAUACAGGAUGUGUAUACACACUCACCCCACCACGAGGAGAAGAAACACAAGCAUAAGAAGAAGAAAAAGAAGAAGGAUAAGGAUAGAGAUAAGGAUAAGGACAAGGACAGACACAAGCAUGAUGGGGAAGGCAGCAGCAGCAGCAGCAAGAGGAAGGCAGAGACGUACGUAGGAGGAGAUGAGGGCACCACAGUCUUGCCACAGGAGGAACCCCCUGAGAAACAGCCUCACAUUGUCGUACCUCCGCCCCAGGUGGUGGAGCCAGUCAAGAUGGAGGUGGAGGAGCAAGAUGUAUCCCGUGAACCUCGGCAGUGUACAGUACAGGGCGAGGACAGCAAUGCUAUACUUAGACAGUGUCUGCACUACAUACAGAAGAAAUUGCAGGGGAAGGACUUGAAUGGUUUCUUCGCCUACCCAGUCACAGAUGCAAUUGCCCCCGGCUACUCCAGCAUCAUCUCCUACCCCAUGGACUUCAGCACCAUACUCACCAAGAUUGAAGAUGACGAGUACCGCAACGUCAUGGAGUACAAGAAAGAUUUCAUAACGAUGUGCAACAAUGCUAUGACAUACAACCGUCCGGAAACAAUCUACUACAAGGAAGCCAAGAGGCUGAUGCAGUCUGGCUUGAAGCUUCUCAGCAAGGAGAAGAUUCUCAACAUGAAGAAGACCCAGAGCUUCAUGGCAAACAUCACCUUGGAGGAGAUUGGCUUUCACGAGAACGGCGCUGUCGCCGAGAUGGUGACGGUCAUCGAUGAGGAAGAACAGAGGAGGAAGGAGCUGAAGAAAAUACAGAAGUCAAAGAGCUUGACUCGGUUUGAAGCCAUCCCUGACAACAUGUCGCCGGAGCAGAUCCUCGCCCAGGCCCAGGCUGCAGCCAAGGAGGUGAAGGAGGAACUCACGCUACGGAAAGACAAGAGCAAGUUUGGAUUCCUGAGGAGAAGGAAGGAUGGAGCUACAACUCUCACAGUGGUCAACCCAGACAAUGAUGGCAAAGUGAGUGAAACAGAGAAGAUUGUAGCCCUGGGGGAACUGACCGGGAAACUGACCACAGGAUCUGGCAAUCUGGCCGGCUUUAAGGAAGAUAAGAGAAACAAAAUAUCACCAGUUACCUACCUCAACUACGGACCCUUCAGUAGCUAUGCCCCUCAGUACGACUCAGCGUUCUCCAGCGUGUCGAAGGAGGAGUCCGACCUGCUGCUGUCUACGUACGGAGAUGAUACUGGCGCGCAGUAUGCCAAGAGUGUGAUGAGUUUUGUGGAGAGUGCGGAGGACUACGGUGUGAAGAUGGUGGAUGUCCUCCUAGACGUCCUCACCAAGGGGGAACACAGCAAGACGAGGAGGAUCCUGGAGCAGAAGAAGAAAGUGGAAGCUGACAAGAAGGCUGAGGAAGAGAAGCAGAAGGAGAAAGAGGCUAAAGUUAAAAAGAACAUCGAUUUCAACUCCCUUAGGAGCCUGGGUGACCUUGGACUUGAUGUCUCUUUUGUGGACUACUUUGAGAAGGAGAUUGGCAAUGAGAAGCUGCAGGCGCGCUUGGACCAGACGGCCGGCCUCAUCACAGACCUCCAACAGACGCAGAAGGAGAGGCUGAGUCAGAAGCCGCCAGCACAUCUGGGACUUAUUCUCGGGCCGUCUGACAGAGAGGCUGAGCUGGCCGAGAAAGUAUCGAAGGAACUGAAGGCCUUAGCCCGUGAGGCUGCCCCGAAGGACAUCGUCAGUGUGAAGGCCAUGCGCUCAGCUCUGGGAAUUACCAUGCAACCAGUUGUCUCCAUUCCAACUCCGAACCAGGGAAGUAGCAGCCAGCCAAUGGAAGUUGUGGACAGUGAAGCUGCUCAGCCACAGGCAGCCAAUGAGGGCAAUGAUAACAAUACCAUCGACACAGAUUUACAUGAGUUUCUGCAACAAGGCUCCGCAGUCAACUCGGUAUCUCCAGCAGGCAUUGAGACAUCAUCUUAGGGAGACUGUGUGUGCACGUGGACAAUAAAGAAAUAGCAUCACUUACAGGAGGUUACAGGAGGCAUUUUGUCAUUGCGUGUGUUUCUUCAAUGUACAGAAAAUGUUUCUGAUGAAUUAUAAGCUUAAUGCCUAAAUGAUUAUCAUGGAGGCAAGUAACUGGAGUGGGAUCAGCUCGCUGACAAUUGAGUAGAUUGAUGCUCAUGAUGUCAGUCUCACUGACUUUGUUGAUGCAUGUCAUCGUAUCCCAAUUUUGUGGAUUGAUGCUCAUGAUGCCAAUCACUGGAUUGUCUGGUUGAGACUGUUAUUUACA